AUGGACCCAAAUAGUCCCUCUCUGACAGAGAUUGAUUUGAGAGAGGCUAUGAAGAAACAAAACGACAAUGCUCUGUUCCUUACAGGGAAAGUAAUCGAUACAACAAAAGCAAAAAGCUCUAACUUCGUCUUCUCUCCGGCAUCAAUAAAUUCAGCGAUCAUAAUGUUCUCAGCUGGUCCCGAAGGUGACAUAGAUGCCGGUGGAAUCCUCUCCUACAUGAGAUCUUCUUCAGUCGAAGAGCUCAAAGCCGUUUUCAGUGAAAUCUCCUCCGUUGUUUUCGCCAACAAUAGCUCAAGCGACGGCCCAAAAAUCUCUAACACACAUCUAAGCUCAUUUUCAUGGUAA